CUAUUCUUUGCUUUGCUGAGGAAUGACUCGAGCAUAGAGGUACCUGUUCCUGCUUCUCUCUCCCUGCUCACGCAGAGCUGGUGUCCAGCCGCCGCCGGGUGCCCUCCGAGGCCGUCGACCGGAAGUCACCGCGCCGGGCUAAGCAGGGAAGCGAGGCUGCCUGUUGAACCUUCGAGCCAGGCCGGCCUCGCCGUCGGCGAUGGCUCGCUCGCCGGGGACGGGGGCGAUGUGCCCCGAUUGUCUGGAGCGGCGCAUCCGAUCCGACCUCGCUGGUUCCGGACUUUCCUUCGUCCACGGCGUCUCUGACUCCCCGCUCCCCUUCGCCUCCUCCGCUGUCGUCCAGAUGGCAUCUGAUGGAUCCGACCAAUGUAUUGGGAGCCAGAAGACCUGUGGUUAUUUUGUGUUGGUGGUACUAAAUGGUGGUAAGACAUAUGUGGAUACAAAAAAAUGUGAAAACAACCCAUUGGAGCAAUCACUCAUAUUUAAAGAUGAUAAUCAUUGUGCUGUGCAAGCAGAUUCCUCUCCUGGUAUUGAACAUGUUGGAGAUCUUCAAAGUUCUUCUAGCUCGAAUAAUCAGCAACUAACUGUAAACAUAAUCACCAAGUUAACUCCUGUUUACUAUCUGGGCAGAGUCGCCACUACAGAAAUUAGAGAUCUUAUGGCAAGUUAUAUGAAUUUAUCCAUUGAACAGGAUGUGAUUAAUUCACUAAAUCUGUUGUGUGAAAACACCAUUAGUGGACCAGCUGGUUUAGGUUUUCUCAGUUUUGUUGGAUUUUCAGCAUUUGAUGAUAUACAUCCUUCUGGGCUUGUGAGACACCCCAACAUCUUACCUGUGUUAGCUGUUGUAGAAUCAUCUGAUUGUUGCUACAUGUUUCAACCAAAGGCUCCAUACACUUUGGAGAACAUCAUGCACUACAGUCCAGAGGCAUUGUGCUCAGAUUGGCACAUCAGAUUUUUCAUCUACCAAAUAAUGUCUGCAUUGGCAUAUCUUCAUGAUUUUGGAGUUCAUCACGGCAAUCUGAAACCAUCAACCAUUUUGAUGUCAGAUUCUCUAUGGCCUUAUCUCAGCAUAAGUGAUAUAUCUCAUGUUAAACAGAACCGGGGUUUUGGGGGACCUGAAGGUUCAAUACUUAAUUCAUGCUGUGCUGAGGAGGAUUGUUCUUCCAGAUCCAUUUUUGCUAGUUUCAAUCUUCCAUCAUCCUUAGAUUGGUCUUCUCACUUCAAACGAUGGUGGACGGGUGAGUUGAGCAAUUAUGAGUACCUUCUUGUCUUGAACAAGUUAGCUGGUAGGAGAUGGGGUGAUCCAGCUUUUCAUCCGGUGAUGCCUUGGGUAAUAGAUUUCACAGUGAGGCCUGACGAAAAUUCUGACAUUGGCUGGAGAGACCUCACCAAAAGUAAAUGGCGGUUGGCAAAGGGCGAUGAACAAUUGGAUUUUACUUACUCAUCAUCUGAUGUUCCAUAUCAUGUUUCUGAUGAGUGUCUCUCAGAGCUAGCAGUUUGCAGUUACAAAGCAAGAAGGCUAUCAAAGACCAUCUUGAGGUCAGCUGUCCGCUCUGUCUACGAGCCCAACGAAUACCCAUCUAGUAUGCAAAGGCUUUAUCAAUGGACUCCAGAUGAAUGCAUCCCAGAGUUCUAUAGCGAUCCCUGGAUUUUUGUCUCUCUUCAUUCUGAAAUGAGUAAUUUGGCUUUGCCUUCCUGGGUGACCUCUUCAGAGGAAUUCAUUUGUCUUCACAGGGAUGCCUUAGAGAGUGACCGAGUCUCACAACAACUGCAUCAUUGGAUUGAUAUAACCUUUGGCUAUAAACUUGCUGGGGAGGCAUCUGUUGAAGCUAAGAAUGUCAUGUUGCCUCCCAGUGAUCCAUCAAGGCCUAAAUCAAUUGGGCGACGGCAGCUUUUUACAAAGCCACAUCCUAAGCGUCUUAUUAGCACACCUCACUCAGCCUACCACAAUAAAGUGGAAUCUUGUGCAAGAUGCCAAAGAAAAGGAAGUAACUCAACUACUGAUGUAUUGUUAAAUGACUGUAAUCCCCCAAAUAUGUUUUCACAAGUUGAUUAUUUGGAAGAGUUUGAACAAGCAACAUUAUUUAUGGAGCUUCAACAUCAUUUGAAUCCAAUAUACAGUUACUCUAACACUGCUGCUUGUUGUUGUUCAUCAGUCAAAUAUCUCAAGAGACAAUUUUCAGAUCAGGAGGUAUUGCAACCUGAUAGUGUAUUAUCGGUGGUGCCUGAUUUUGAUUUUGGCUCCUAUCUUGAAUGCUUUGAGUCUGAUGAUAGUUCUUCUAUUGGUUAUCAAGAGCUGUUGCGCUGGAAGCAAAGGUCUUGUUCUGUUAUUGAGCAUCAUGCAAAUGAUAUAUUUUCAAUAGGGUGCAUCUUAGCAGAAAUCUAUCUGCACAGACCACUUUUUGAUGCUUCCUUGCUAGCUGCAUAUAAAGAAACUGGUAUGCUGCCAGGAGCACUCCAUGAAUUGCCUGUUCAUGUCCGUUUGCUUGUUGAGUCAUGCAUCCAAAGGCAAUGGGAAAGGAGGCCGUGUUCAAAGCAUCUUCUGGAGUCACCAUAUUUUCCUCCAUCAGUUCGAUCCGCAUAUAUGUUUCUUGCUCCACUUCAACUUCUGUGUACAUCUGGAGACCGCCUGAAGUAUGUUACUAAGCUUGCAAGUGAAGGGACACUUAAAGCCAUGGGAGAAUUUGCUGCUGAAGUGUGUGCACCUUACUGCCUACCUUUUGUUUCAUCAUCUCGGUUGGAUGUUGACACCGAGUCUUGCUUGCGUCUGCUUAAAGAGUUUUUGAAGUGCUUGAGUGUCCAAGCAGCUAAGAAACAUAUUCUGCCCAUCAUUCAGAAAAUCUUACAGGUACCAGAAUAUUCCCAUCUGAAGGUUUCUCUCCUUCAAGAUUCUUUUGUCCGAGAGUUAUGGAAAAAAUUGGGAAAACAAACUUAUAUUGAGAAGGUGCAUCCGUUGGUCAUAGCAAACUUACACAAUUCACCUAACAAGAUCACUGCAUCUUCUGCAUCCAUUGUUUUAAUUGGUUCAAGUGAGGAACUAGGAAUACCAAUCACUGUUCAUCAGACAGUUUUACCACUAAUCCACUCUUUCGGCAAAGGUUUAUGUGAUGACGGAAUUGAAACUUUGGUCAGGAUAGGUGGACUUCUUGGGGAAAGUUUUAUUGUCAAGCAAAUUCUCCCCUUGCUGAGGAAUGUUAUACAUUUUUGUAUCGACUCCUCCAAGGUGACUAAGCCAGAACCACAGCAGAGUUGGAACUCUUUUGCUCUGAUUGAUGGCUUAUCUGCGUUGGAAGGCCUUGUAUCAGUUCUUCCUGUUAAGGCAGUUCUCAGGGAGCUUCUCCAGGACCAAGUCUGUCUUCAUAUAAAGAUUCUUAUGCUGAUCCAUUUGGACCUUGAUGUGAUUCAGGUGGCAGCUACUGCAUUUGUUGACCUUUGUCUACGAAUUGGACCAGAUAAUACUGUCAUACAUGUUUUGCCACAUCUAAAAGAGCUUUUUGCUGAAUUGGCCUUUUUUCAAGACUCUUCUGCUGUUAGCCUUCCUACAAAAGGGUUAAAAAUCUCAGAAAGAAACAAAAGUGAGACGAUUAAAAUGGAAUCUAGAAUUGAUCUCGUCUGUUGUAGGUUGUUGCUAUAUCCUUUCUUGGCAUCACUUGUUGGAAUAGAGAAGCUCCGUGAAUACUGCUCUACAUGGUUUCUAUUGGAGCAGUCUCUUCAAAGGUUGUACAAUUGGAAGUUUGAGCCUUCCAGUAAAUGUUCUAUAAGUGGUGAAAACUUGAAAACUCAAAGGUUUCAGCCUGGCAACGACACCUCGUCUGAGGUUGUUCCAACAGAACUUUUUAAUGGGGCAGGGUCGUCUGUGUCUCAAUCUCAAAUCCCUAAAACUGGUUGGAUGGCAGCUUCCAAGCACAGAUUUAGGCUCGAGCAUGGAACAUCUAGUGACAAUUUGUCUGCAUCAACUUCUGGAAAUCAGCCCUGGUUUUGGUUCCCUUCUCCUGACAGUAGUUGGGGCGUACCAGAUCUUCUUGGACGCAGUAGCGGUUUGAAGGAUGAACUUCCAUGGAAGAUCGAAGCUUCAGUCCUUUACUCAGCCCGUGCACACCCUGGGGCUCUGCGGUCAUUAGAAGUCCAUGAUGAUGAGUGCACGAUUUUUACUGGGGGAGUUGGACCUGGUUUUAAAGGAAGUAUACAGCGUUGGGAGUUGGCCAACAUGAAUUGCACAUCUGGAUAUUACGGGCAUGAAGAGGUUGUCAAUUCCAUCUGUAUCCUGUCAAUUACUGGAAAAGUAGCUUCUUGUGAUGGCACGAUUCAUAUUUGGAAUGGGCAGACAGGAAAGCUCAUAGCAGCUCAUACCGAGUCGUCAACAAGCUUUCCGCUGCAAACUGCAUCUGUUGAACAGGCAAACAUGCUUAAUCAGGACGCGCUCUCAGGUGGAAUAUUGUCGAAUGCAUUUCGUGGUAGCUUGUAUACGACCAUGCAUUACAUGGCAUCUGAAGAUAAACUUGUUGCUGGCAUGGGAAAUGGAUCUAUCAGAUUUAUUGAUAUCUCUCGGGAUCAGAAGCUGCAUUUAUGGAAGAGUGAUUCGGCUGAAAUCUCCUUCUCAUCACUCGUGUCAACUAUUUGCUCGUCUGGCUCAGACAAGCCGAGGAAUGGAAGCCUAGUGGCUUCAUCAUCCUGGAUUGCAGCAGGUCUAAGCUCUGGUUAUUGUCGAUUACUUGACGAGCGUAGUGGAAAAAUCAUUGCAGUUUGGCGAGCACAUGAUGGUCACAUUACGAAGUUGGCAUCACCAGAGGACCACUUGAUUGCAUCUAGCUCCCUUGACAAGACUCUUCGAAUUUGGGAUCUAAGAAGGAACCUAUCAGUCCAGUCAAACAUUUUCAGAAGCCAUUCAGAUGGCAUCUUUGACUUCUCUGUUUGGGGUCAAGACCUGUUAUCAGUGUCAAGAAACAAAAUUGCACUUACUUCCCUAUCGAGACCAACAAAUGAGAUCGGACAUCAGCAGCUCGUACUUCAGAACUUAUAUUCGACUGACAGAGGAGUAAAAUAUAAAAACAUGUCUGUUCUUUCGGCUAUUUCUGUGCUUCCUUUGUCAAGAUUGUUUGUCGUUGGAACAGAAGAUGGUUUUCUCAAAAUCUGCCACUAGAUGGUUCCAGUAGUGUGUUGUCUGUCGAUUCCCUAUUGGUUUGUUCUGCCACAAAGCUGAGGAUACCUUGAAUUUGCUGCAGACCUACCUGACAUGGAUCAUGGGAGCUUAAAUGUGGGUGGUUGGGAAGUUGUGGAUGAAAAGUAAAUUGGAGCUUGGUUUCUGUUACGGUCCUGAUAUGAAUGCUCUCGUUUACUGCCUUCUCCUUGCAAUCCUCUGUAUGAGCCCCCACUAUACACCCAGCAUCAAAUAGUGUACAUAAGUUCAGCAUGUCAGGUCUAGCUUUAUGGUCUUAACUCAAGCUAGAAGUACACCAACAGAGUAAACAUGUAUGGUCCCAUGGAGAUCUGCGGUCCAUGUUUUGGUUUGACCGUAGCCAAAACCUUUGGAGCCACUGGCAUAGCUACGCUCACUGGCAGGUGGGUCCUGCCGCAAAGAAACACAAGUUAGGCUCACCUUUCAGUUUCAGUCACAGCCACCACAACGAUCAUGCACAGUACACUACACUAGCGGUUAUAAAAGAGGGGGAUGUGCAACUUGCUCUUGGCCAAACCAGAAGGUCAGCAAGCAAAAGCAGUAGCAACAAUGGAGAGGCGUAGCGGCAUGAGCGCGAGCCUUGUUCUUGGCCUCCUGCUCGUCACCACCGUUGCUUGCCAUGCUGCGAGGGACAUCCCAGCAACUGAGCCCGAGUCCUACCGUCCCCAGAACGUCUUUGGGUUUGGUGGCUUCUACCCUGGCCCGUCGGUCAACUGGGUGUUUCCGGGGCCAAACGGCGUCACACCACAGGUAGGGUUCGGCGGGAUGCCGGGCUCUAGCUCCUUCCCUGGCACUGGUGGCUCGUCCGGCAGCAGUGGCGUGGUCGGCAUUCAUGGUGCUGCCAAUCCCUGAUCGUGUUGUUGUCUGUCUUGGUGUCUAGAUGUUUAAGAUUUUGCUCUUUAGAGCUAUGCAGGUGCAGCAUUCUACCGUGGUGGUAGAGAGUAAGCUUCUUGCUUGCUCUAGUUUAGUAGUAUUGUGUUAUGGCUUAUGUGUUGUGUGUUGUUUACAAGUGAUCUGUGUCCUGUGUCUGUGUAAAAGACUUGUUCUUGGUUGUUAUUUAACCUUGUGUACUUCUUAGAGGUUGUAUUGCUGUCGUGAGUUCGAAGUCCCAUUGCUGUAUCUUUGAUUUGGAGAGUGAGGAUUUGAACCCAUGAGCUGGAUCACCA